CAAGGUCGUAGUAAACAAUUUAAAAAUGUUUAAAACAUUUAUAAUUAAAGAUGUAUUAGUUAACUUCGUGUAGAAGUGGUAUGCAGUAAGUUGAUUAUUUAGUGUAUGAAAUAAUUAUGGUUUACAAGGCAUAAUACUCACUAUUAUAUAAGUGCAAGAAAACAUAAAAUAUGAAGGAAUGGAUAAGAAUUUCUUUGGCACUUAGUAUUUUUGGAUUUCUAAAAGAAAUUCGACCUUCAGAACCAUUUGUUUAUGAAUUUUUGAUUGACCAUCGAUGGAGAAAUCUUACUGAAGAAGAAGUCACUCAACAAGUGUACCCUGUUGGUACUUACAGUUAUUUAGCACUAUUAGUUAUAAUUUUUUUAAUUACGGACUUAUGUAGAUACAAACCACUCAUCAUAUUGUUAGGAGCGUCUGGAAUUGUAAUAUGGAGCUUAUUAUUAUGGACGAAAACCCUUUUUGAAGUUCAAAUUGUAGAGUUUUUUUAUGGAGUAUUCUGUGCAGCAGAAGUAGCUUACUACAGUUACAUAUAUGCUAAAGUUGACAAGGAGUAUUAUCAACAGGUUACCUCACACACGAGAGCUGCCAUCCUGGCAGGCCGAGCUUUCUCUGGAAUAUUAGCUCAAUUAUUGAUAUCUUUUAGUCUGACUAAUUAUAGAGAUCUCAAUUAUAUCACUUUCACUGCCAUGAUCGUUGCUACAGUGUGGAGUUUGUUGUUGCCAUCAGUUGAAAAAAGUAUAUAUUUUCACCCAGAAGAUCUCAGAACCGAACCAAUAGUGAAAAAAUUGUCAAACGCUUUCAAAUUGAUGAUAUCUCAUUUUACGACUUCAUUUUCAAAUACCUACGUAUUAAAAUGGUCUCUUUGGUAUGCUUUAUCAACUUGCGGGUUCAUUCAGGUACAAACUUAUAUGCAGCCCCUUUGGACUGCUAUAGUAAAUGACCAUUCAAAACCAAUAUACAAUGGCGCAGUAGAAGCAGUAUUAACAGUAUUGGGUUUCCUAGGUGCAUUAAUCGCAGGAAUCAUCAAAACUAAUUGGAGAAUGAAAGGAGAACUUACUUUGACGAUGUGUUCUAUAUUGCAAGCCUUUGCAAUAAUAUACUCGUCUAGAACUGAAAAAGUUUUUUUAAGUUACGUUUGUUACGUCAUUUUUGGUGGACUCUAUCAUUUUAUGAUAACAGUUACUUGCAGCGAAGUUGCCAAAUAUAUCGAAGAUGAUAGUUACGGCUUGGUAUUAGGUAUUAAUACAUUCGUAGCUUUAAUUUUUCAGACUAUUUUAACAGCGAUUUUUGUUACCGACGGUGUAGGUUUUGCUCUUAAGCCCAGAGAUCAGUACUUUGUCUAUGGUUGCUUUCAUCUUUUAAUAGCCGUCAUUUUUAUUUGCAUAGGAUUGAUAGUGUGGAUGAAAAGGGAAAAGGACUACAGAAAAUCCGUCGUAUUGUAGUUUAUUCGAGUACAUUUACAAAUAUUUUCAAUAAUUCUUCUUUCAUACUUUUUAUUUCUUAUUGAAAUUGUUUUUUCAAAUCACAAUUUCAAUGACUGAAGUGCUUAAUUAUCAAGGAUUUCCUUUACUUAAUGAUUUUAUAUCUAUAUAUAUAUAUAUAUAUAUAUAUAUAUAUAUAUAUAUAUAUAUAUAUAUAUAUAUAUAUAUAUAUAUAUAUAAUGUCUUAUUAUGUUACAGAAAGGAAUUUUGGGGGAUUCCUACGCCCCAAAAUUGAUUUCAUAACACACCAAUAAAAACCAUGAAUUACAAAAAUCUCCAACACAAUCUUAAAAUUUAAGAUAAUCAUGAAAACUAGGACAAUUAUAGUGGAAUUAAUAAGAAUAAAUUUCACUAGUCUGUCCUCAUCCCUGGGUAGUACUUUUUCAAUCGCCUUGGUCACCUCGUAACAUGUGGAAUUGGAAAUUCUUUCAGGCAUCGUUAGUUUUAAAGCAAGGUUGUUCCACUAGAAUUUAGUUUUAUGAUUUCAUUAGAGGAUAUGUAUCAUGGUUUCUUUCUUCACCAACAGCCCAGUAUAUGUAAGAUGGCUUCCGUAAGCCUUGUGAUUGGGGCUACCAGAGUCGUUGUCUUCCUUCUACUUAAGUGUCGUCCUAUCCUGAGGGCUAAAAUUACCUAUGAAGAUUUUAGCUCGUAUGUAGUUAUGCUUCCUUGCUUUUUCCCUUUCACACAGCUUAAGAUAUUCCUUAAUAAGCAAGUUAAGAAUUCUCACUGCAGUUUCAGGUCCUAUCAGUGGUAGAGUGGCACAAAUUUUGAACAGCACGUCAUUAAUUUCAUUGCUCCUAAGUCUCUUAAGUCCAAGGAUCCAGAACAGCUUUUCCGCGUUUUUUUCCAUCAGUUCUUUGUAACAUUUCAGAAUCAGCUUUGAUCUGGAGAUCAUGUUAGGCAAUGUUAUUAGUGCCACUGUAAUGUCUGUGAAGAUUUGUACACUAAUGUUCUUAUUUUUUUGCAACAAUGCAGUGAGCAUGGUUACUAAUUUGGAAUUCAUAACUGCGUACUUUUCUAGAGGAAAGAUUUGUUGUAUAUUCUCUAUACGUUUGUAUAUUUCUGCUCAAGCAAACUCCCCUUUUUGGAUCCAGCCCUGUGGUAAAGUUCCUUCGGCCCAUAACUUGUAACCCGUAUAUAUUUUUACACCAGUAGUGUGCUAAGAAAUAUUAAAAUUAAUGCGGUAAUAUGUAACAUUUCAUACCUCUUAAUUGUGUGAAUUGUUGGUCUUUUAGAAUCGAUCAUUUAGUGAAAAUAAACUGAAAUGCUUUUAAGAGGGAAAUUCUCACUUGGAAUUUCGUGAGCUAGUUUUUCAUUAAAAGGGGGGAAGGUAGCCUACUAUUCUACCGAUUUUUGUACUGAAUUUUCUAGGCUAGAAUAUUUGUGAUAUAGUUAAGUGCUUUUUUUUUAGUAAAAGUGAGAAUAACAAGUUUUCAAAUAAAGUUAUUUGUUUUUGAGUAACAGAAGCAAGACUGGUAUUGUGGAUAUUCCUGUAAAUUUUCAAUUCAUUAUUCUAAUUUAGUUAUUCCAAUCACUAUUAAAUCUUUUGUUCCAGUAUUUGAGUUUAGUGAUAUAGAUAGGUAAGGUAACUCAUGUAUGAUCGGAAUAUUUUAUUUUGCAAAAAAAUUACACCACAUAUUAAUAUAUCAGUUCAAUUCAUAUUUAAAAAACAAACAGCCAUCUAGAUGCCACAUCCUGAAUCUUAUUAUUAAUUUUUAUAAUUGGAAGCAGAAAUUCGAUUGUGAAUAAAACUAUACAGAAACUUAUUAAAAUAAUAGAUUAUUACAUUAUU